CAGAAAAUGAGUGUCCAACCACAAUACCUACACGAGGGCCGACGCAAAUGAAUGAAAUAUCCAAACUAAUGGAUCAGGGCAAAAGAGUGGCCCUCGAAGUUAAUGAUAAAGGUCAAUACUGUGGAAAAAGCUAUGCGAAGCUCGUAUCCACUCUGGGAGUCAGAUGUCGGCAGACAAUAGGGUUGGCUUAUAAAAAUUGGAAAGAAGUCAACCAGACUCUGAAAAAUAAAGUUUGGAAAGACAUUCAGACGGGGUUCAUUGUGCCGGACACCUUCAAACAUGAUUGUCUCAUCCUAGCUGGGAAGUUAAUGAAAGACUUCAAGAAUAGGAUGACAAAAGACAUCAUAAUGCCCGCGUUGAAAGAGAAUGAUCUGGGACGACUGGCACAAGUCCCUGAAAAGCACCCGGAGAUCGACGCUGCUGAUUGGUGCAAAUUUGUUGAAAGUAGACUAACUCCUGAAUUUCUGGAAUUGAGUAAGGUGCAACGUGAACGUUCCUCAAAAAUUCAAUCCAGACAUCGAAGUGGUCGGAGUGGAAUGGUGAACGUACGGGAAGCUGUGAAAAAGGACCUCGAAGUUGCAGAUCCUCCCCGCCACCGUGUUUGGAUUAAAUCUCGCACCAAGAGUAGAAAACUUGUCACUGAUUACGACAAGGAAAUUGCCGAGAAGAUAGUAAGUAUAUAUUAAUCCUUAAUUGAGUUCUACUCAUGAGUUAGUGUAUAUAAUUCAUAUACUAAUUGCUUGAAUAUAUGCGUGCAUUAGGCUCAAUUAGAGGAGAAGCUUAGUC